AUGAAAAAGCUCGAAAAUGGCAACAAAUGCAAUCAAAACGAUAUGGUGAAAAAAGAAAAUUUGGUUUUAUAGAGCACGAAAAAGUUGAUAUGCCACCAGAACAUAUUAGAAAGAUUAUUAAAGAUCACGGUGAUAUGUCAAGUAAAAAAUAUCGUCAUGAUAAAAGAAUUUAUCUUGGUGCUUUAAAAUAUGUCCCUCACGCUGUAUUAAAACUUUUGGAAAAUAUGCCAAUGCCUUGGGAACAG